AUGCGAUCCAUAUCGGCUUUUCUGUUGUGUCUCGCCUCAUUGCUUCCUCCUCAAACCUACGCUGAAUCAUGUUCACCAAUAGCUAUCAGAAAAGUCGCCCCUGGUUCGCACGAUAAGCUCCUUCGGGAGCAUCUCGCAUUCGCACCACUGCACGUUCUUACUCCGCGCGAAGCUGCCGCUGCUGCCAUAUCAUUUCUUGACGAGCAAGAUGACGAACUUCUGAGCCUCAAUGGCACAGAGCGCUUCUACCGUCCAGCGUUUGCCCCUCAUAGUGAAGAGUCUCACGAGAGCCUGCUGCGCCGAGCCGCAGAGGCAUUGGCGUUGCUGCAGAGGAGGUCGUCUUGUCCCAAGGGGAUGAACAGCUGCUCUGACAUUGACUCCGAAGUCAAGUGCUGUCAGGAGGGGACGUAUUGUGUGAAUGUUGGAAAUACUGUGGCGGGAGGCAUCGCGUGCUGUCCUGACGGUGCGUCUUGUGGUGGAGGUGUUGGGGCGUGUCCUGAUGGAGCUACGAGCUGCUCUGCAGAGCUUGGCGGAGGGUGUUGUAUUCCGGGAUAUGUUUGCCAAGGGCUGGGCUGCGUCCCAAGUGCUGUUGCUACGCAGACGAGAACCGCAACUCAAGAUCAAACGACAGUCCUCACAACUUCUGAGGAACCCACAGUCGAGCCUACUACCAAAACAGAACCAGAGGUUGAGACAACUGCAGAGCCUACAACGGCUUCCGAAGCUGGAACCACAGCCGAGACUGAAACUGAAACCGAGUCUGGCACAGAAGAUAGUACUGAGACCGCGACUCCUACAGCUACAGGCUCAGCCACUGGCAUCGCUCCCUACCGCCCAACUGGCACCUCGGUAACAUCAAGCGACGAUGGAGAGACCCAAACAGGCUGCCCCACGGGCUUCUACGGCUGUCUCGCCACUCACGGCGGCGGAUGUUGUCGAACAGGUCGAAACUGUGAUGUUCACGAUUGCCCUGCUCCUUCGACAACUAUCGUCUCAGACGGCGCAACUGUCGUCGUCCUUGCAACCGAUGCUCCACCUGCUCCAGGACCCUCAUCAACUUGCGCAGAUGGCUGGUUCCUCUGUGGUCGAGAUGCCGGCCCUGUGGCUGGAUGCUGUCCAGAUGGAUAUGACUGCGGCACGGCGAGUUGCUUCACGGCACAGGCCAGUGAAACCGGCCGUGUACAGAAGGAGUUUCCUAAAGCCGAUGCAGCCAGCUAUGAGAAGCCCGCUAUCACAGUGGUGAUGAUGGUGAUGCUGUGUAUUGCGCUUGUAUGA